GUUACCUAUGAUUCUAUUCUGCCAGGGCAUGAUGAGUAAUGAUAAACACACACACACGUUCACUUGUUCAUCCACAGGACGGCUACAAUACUCCACAGAGACUUCAGCUCGCUCCAGCACAAACUUAAAAGAGGUUGUUAGAAGAUAUCUUCACACAGACUUUGGUCAAACUCACAUCUCAGGAUUUUUUGGGGCUGUUUCCACAGCGAUGAGCUUCACAGCAGAGCAGGUGGCUUGUGUGUGUGAGGUCCUUCUGAAGAGCGGUUGCAUGGAUCGUCUUGCUGGCUUCCUCCACACUCUUCCUCCUCUUUCCCUCUCCUCCUCCUCCGUUUGCCCUGGGGAGCUGGAAAGCGUGCUGAAAGCUAAAGCCGCAAUGGCCUUUCACCAGGGCCACUUCACUGACCUCUACACCCUGCUGGAGGGUUUCCCCUUCUCCCCACGCAGCCACCCGCUCCUGCAGCAGCUCUGGCUCAGAGCCCACUACAUGGAGGCCGAGAGGCAGAGGGGCCGGCCCCUGGGAGCUGUGGGGAAGUAUCGCGUAAGGAGGAAGUUUCCUCUACCACACACCAUCUGGGAUGGAGAGGAGACCAGCUACUGUUUUAAGGAAAAAUCACGGAGCAUACUCCGGGAGUGGUACCGCCAUAAACCCUAUCCCUCUACCCGGGAGAAACGGGAGCUAGCAGCAGCCACGGGCCUGACAACCACUCAGGUCAGCAACUGGUUCAAGAACCGCAGGCAGAGGGACCGAACCACGGAUGUUAACGGUUUCCAGAUAUCUAGCUCUGGAGGAACUUCAGGACAAGUCUACCCUUCCUCUGACAAUGACUUAUCACCUCCAGGAAGCCCAUAUCCCUUAUACCACUCUCCACCUCCACCCCUCUCUCACUCGCCACCUCCUCUACGUCACAUGUGUGUAGGCUUCAUUUGAGUCUGCCCUUCGAAUGUUUAAUUUGUGACUUUUAUUUUUGA